CGGCGGGCGAGGAGCGGCCGGAGCUCUCCAGGGUGCUGGGCUGCUGCCCGCCCGCGGAGCCCCUCCGAUGCCUCCGACACCGCCGCUCCCGGGCUCCGCCGCCUCUGCGAGCAGCAUGGCUCGGAUUCGGUACCUCCGCGCCGCUGUCUCGGGGUUUUAUCUGUGGGAAGCUGCGGUCCUGCUCAGCUUGGUAGCCACAAAGGAAACAGACAGUGCAAGAUCUCGUAGCAUGCCAAUGUCGCCAUCCGAUUUCCUGGAUAAGCUAAUGGGGAGGAUGUCAGGCUAUGAUGCAAGGAUCAGACCAAAUUUCAAAGGUCCUCCAGUUAAUGUCACAUGCAACAUAUUUAUAAACAGCUUUGGAUCCAUUGCAGAGACAACCAUGGAUUACCGAGUGAACAUCUUUCUCCGUCAGAAUUGGAAUGAUCCACGCCUUGCAUACAGUGAAUAUCCAGAUGACUCUUUAGAUUUAGAUCCAUCCAUGCUGGAUUCCAUUUGGAAACCUGAUCUGUUCUUUGCUAAUGAAAAAGGUGCCAACUUUCAUGAAGUAACAACAGAUAAUAAGUUGUUGCGGAUUUUCAAGAAUGGAAAUGUACUUUAUUCCAUCAGAUUGACUUUAAUACUUUCCUGUCCGAUGGAUCUCAAAAAUUUUCCAAUGGAUGUGCAAACAUGUAUAAUGCAGCUGGAAAGCUUUGGAUACACAAUGAAUGAUCUCAUUUUUGAGUGGCAAGAAAAGGGAGCGGUUCAAGUAGCAGAAGGUCUCACUCUGCCACAGUUUCUGCUGAAAGAAGAAAAGGAUUUAUGUUACUGCACCAAGCAUUACAACACAGGGAAGUUCACAUGUAUUGAAGUCCGGUUCCACCUGGAGAGGCAGAUGGGUUACUAUCUCAUCCAGAUGUACAUACCCAGCCUCUUGAUCGUGAUUCUCUCCUGGGUGUCAUUUUGGAUCAAUAUGGAUGCAGCUCCAGCCAGAGUGGCUUUAGGCAUAACUACGGUACUGACCAUGACAACACAAAGCUCAGGCUCACGAGCCUCUCUUCCAAAGGUGUCAUACGUCAAAGCCAUUGACAUCUGGAUGGCAGUGUGUCUGCUCUUUGUGUUUUCUGCUCUUCUGGAGUAUGCAGCUGUGAACUUUGUGUCCAGGCAGCAUAAAGAACUCCUGCGGUUCCGACGCAAGAGGAAGAAGAGCAAGUAUUUUGAGGGAGUUCUUGAUGGAAAUGAAAUCAGUGAAUCAUUACAGCAUAGCAAUGGCUUGAGAUGUGCAGGACGUAUAGACGGGAUUUUGCCUCAAAUCUACAGUACAAAUUUAAGGGAUGAUGAUACACGUGACAGUCAGUUCAGCAUUACAGCAUACGGAGUGGGCCCAUGUGUGCCAGCAAAAGACGGAAUAACACAAAAGGGGCCAAAUAACCCUGUUCAACCUGUACCAAAAAGCCCUGAUGAGAUGAGAAAGGUAUUCAUUGACCGGGCCAAGAAGAUAGACACAAUAUCCAGAGCUUGUUUCCCAUUAGCCUUUCUGAUUUUCAACAUUUUUUAUUGGGUAAUCUACAAAAUCAUCAGGCAUGAGGACAUUCACCAGUAACAAGACUGAGGCUUGCAGUACAUAAAGAUCUGGCUGUCACACUCAGCAGGAGGCUUUUUGUUAGAAAUGCACAUCAGAGGAGUGAUUGGAAGAGUUAAAAACAAUGAGGGGAAGAAAAAGGAUCCUGCAUGGCCUGCAAUGACCAGCUACAGUGGGAUGGAAGAAUGAAACCCAGAGAAGAUACAUCUACUAUUCCAAACUUUCCUUGUCAAACUAAAAAUUAACUACUUUUUCAUUGAAAAUCACUCUCUACUGAAGCUUUACUGCCAAGCAUUUAUAUAUAUUGUUACAUAGUGGUAUAAUUGUACAGUACUCUUUGAAUAGUCCUUAAAUUUUUUAAAUUCUGGUGUAUUUUUAAUUUUAAAAAUGUUUCCCAAAUACCCUAGGUGAAUUCCACAGUAUUACAGAAUGGACUAGUGUUUGUAAGUUUUCUUUCAAUUUCACAAUAUAAUGACAAAUUAUGGAUUGGACAAAACAGCUUAAAGGACUUGAUCUAGUCUUAAGGACAGUACGGGUGGUUUUGCAGUGAACAUAUUUAACAGUUUUUAGUAAUUUAAUUUAUUCAGUGUAGUUCAUAUUACUGUUCCCCUGGAAGGCGUACGUUGAAAUAAUCUCAGAACAAGUAUACAGCCUAAUAGUCUACACUUCAUAUGAGAAAUAUACUAAAAUUUUUAAAGUAUUGAUUCCUGAAAGGAUUUUUUUCUUUUAAUUUCCUAUACUUUGAUAAUUUAAGCAUAUUCUUUAAUCUUUUUUUUUUUAUAUUUUAAGGAGUUUUUUUCCUCAAUUCAUAAAACUCAUACAGCUUGUGAAAUAGACAAAUUACAUCAAAAUUUUGCAAUGCUUCAUUUUGAUUCAAUGCAAAGAGAUCUUGGACUGGAAUUGAAAGCAGAGUCAACAAUUUCACUGAAGCAUUUGGAGGAUGAAUACAGUUAUGUUUAUGCACAUUCAUCUCCUACAUAUUACAUAAUUCCAGGAAGUUUAAUUUAUGAAUGUGCCAAAUUUUCUGACUCAUUCCUUGAAGUUUGUUAAUGUGACUUAGAUACUGGUUAAGAAGCACUUCACAGCUUUGGAAAAACACACAGCUCUUCUAAAAGAACAAAAAAAAAGACCUGGAUGGUCUUUUACUUUACUGGAUUUCACAUUAAUAAAUGGGAGAACAACUAUUAAAACUCUUAGAUCUUCCCUGUUUGGGUUUAAAUAAGCCAUGUUAGUUGCUUCUUUGAAUUGUAACACCAUAGAACACAUUUAUGGCAUAGUGUCCAGGCAAGAGUAUUUACUUUUGUCAAUCUAUUGGCAAAACAAAACCAUGCUAUCAUGUUGAAAUAUAACACUUAGUUAUUUAGUUAUUAGAUACUCUAAGUCCAGUCAGUGAGGCUGCUUCUCAUUGCAAAAUAUUUUUAUUUUGGACAUGUUUAAAAUUUGUGCUUCUUUGAUGAUCAGAAUGUGUAUACAAAAGCAGAAUGGGCUGGAGGCGAACAUCUGGUGCACUGCCAAAGGCAUGGUGCAUAUGAAGUAA